AUGGUUUUUGUGCAAGAAUCAAAAAGAGUUUCGCUAUCAGAAUGGGAUAUUCGAUCUAUUUGGGGAUGUACCCGGUUUGAGUAUAUGGAGGUUGGAUCACAAGGAAGUUCAGGUGGCAUAAUCUGUGUCUGGGAUCCUGAGUUCUUUCAAUUAAAGGAGUGCUGUGGCAGUAGGAAUUUCCUACUUUUGCAAGGUACUAUUUAUCAUUCCUUUGAUUGUGUUUUGAUGAAUGUGUAUGCUCCUACUGAUGUCAGUAAGAGGGGGAGGUUGUGGGAAAUUAUUAAACAACUUAGAAGUAAAUUUCUUAGCCCGUGGUGUCUGGAGGGGGAUUUCAAUGAAAUCAGGUUGAUUAGUGAGCGUAUAGGUGUGUCAAGAAGGGAUAGGGGUAUGAGAGAGUUCAACGACUUUGUUGACUCCUGUGAGUUCAUAGACAUUCCAAUGGUUGGAAGAAAAUUUACAUGGGGUAAUAAUCAGGAGGGUGCGAGAUGGAGUCGAAUAGACAGGUUUUUGUUAGACCCAGAGUGGUUGGAAAACUUCAAUAUCAAACUGUGGGGCUUGCCUAAAAUUGUUUCUGACCAUUGCCCAAUUUUGCUUAUGGAGGACGAAAGGGAUUGGGGUCCUAAACCAUUCAGAUUUUUAAAUGCCUGGCUUCUUCAUCCUUCAUUCUCUAAAGUGGUAAGGGAGGCCUGGGAAGAGACACAGCUUACUGGGUGGGGUGGUUUUGUUAUGCACAAAAAACUUCAGCUACUUAAGAGAGCUAUCUAA